AUUCCUUUCAAAAACUCUAUCUCUCGCUUCAUAUCACUCAGCAUUAACACAUAUCCUCCGCAUGCUGUCAAAAGAAAAGAAAAGAAAAAAAGAAAAAGACCCAUAUUGUCUGAAUGGCUUCCUCAUCAUCUUCGUCCGCCGUAUCCGUGACGAGAGAAGAGUUCAAUGCUUUCCACAAGCUUGACAGAUCUCUUUUCACUCGUCUUGUCUUAAAUCUAAGACGAGACAUUAGCCAGUCGUUACAGGUCAUGAGCUUUCUCCUCUACCUCGAGCAAAGUGCUCUCGUGAGACACCUGGUCGUGAAUCUUGUCUCUCUACCCGACUUUUUCAUCAACGCGGUGGCUGACGAAGUCGUGACGUGUCUGAAUUGCAUGUCAUACGAUGAUCUCUCAGCGUUCGUUGCCAAGCUGGGGCAAAAUAUCAACAUGUUCACCAUACCUUUGAUCACGCGGAUGACUGGAGAGUACCUUACUCUCGCAGUCAUCCACCGUGACCGCGAAAGCAUCCUCCUUGAGAUGAAGAGGCACUUAACCCGAGUAUGCUACCCAGCUUUCGAGGAUAUAUGCCUGCACGCUGAGAUGUAUAAUGAAAAGAGGGAAAAGGAGACGAGCCAGUUCUUGUGUGGUCAGCAAGAAACAACGAAUCAUGUAGGAGGGACAAACAAUGUGGGUGCUGCCUUAAUCUCCGAGGAUGGGCAAGUAACUGCAGAAGACAGGACUAUCUUCCUCACGUUUUCUAGAGGAUACCCAAUCUCUGAAGCAGAAGUGCAUGCCUACUUCACCAGGAGAUAUGGGGAAAUCAUAGAAGCGAUAGAAAUGGGUGGAAAGGAAGGGAAUGAGCAGGUGCUGUACGCAAAGAUGGUUUUACGUUCUGCCGCCACGAUUCCAGAGAUUGUAGAAAAUGGUGGGGACACCCGGAACAAGUUCACCAUCAAUGGCAAACAUGUUUGGGCUCGCAAAUUCAUUCCCAGAUCCUCCAUGAAUCUUCUUCCCCCAUCCUAUGGAGUUUCUCCCUAGUUCUCUUAUUUGUUUGAUCUUGAGGACUUGUCAAGACUUUGACAUUCAGUUGCAUCUCAGAACUAUUUCAUCACCUAUUAAACAUCUUUCAAUUUAGAUACUUUUCCCAUUUUUAUGCAAUUGAUCCUCUCUUCUGUCCGUUCCUAUGAUAAAUCUACUUUCCC